GUACGCAAGCGCAGAAUUUAAUAUAGGUACUUCCUUUACGUUUCAGAGUCUUCGGGUAACCGGGAGCGGAAAAGAGAUGCUGGCAAAGAGAGCCUUGAGUGUCCUUGGUAGGAGGGCCAUCUCCACCUCCGUCUGCCUUCGUGGUGGACAUGGGGUUGCCAAGGUGGAGCCUUACACACUCCCGGCUUAUUUUGACCGCCGAGAGAAUCCACUUCCAGACAUCAAGUUUGUCCAGACCUUGAGUCCCGAACAGCAGUCCCUGAAGGAGAAAGAGAAGGGCUCCUGGGCAACAUUGUCCAAUGAAGAGAAAAUUGCAUUGUACCGCAUCAGCUUCAAUCAGAGCUUUGCUGAGAUGAACAAGGGAUCAGGGGAGUGGAAAUCAGUUAUUGCGGGCAUGCUUUUCUUUUUUGGAUUCACUGGAUUUGUUGUGCUUUGGCAGAGGACGUUUGUGUAUGGUGAUGUGCCACACACCUUCGCACCUGAAUGGAAAGAGAAGGAGUUGCAGAGGGUGUUGGAUAUGAGAGUCAACCCUAUUGAAGGCAUCUCCAGCAAAUGGGACUACGAAAAUAAGCAGUGGAAGAAGUAAAUGGAUCAACCAUGACCAAAUGUGUCACACACACACAAGUUACUUACAAACAAACCUGUAUAUUUAUCAACUGUCCACAUUACCUCAGUCCAUGCGUUAUGGAAGACCACUUCCUCCUAUGGUUAUUGUACAUUGUAGAAAAUAAAAUUCCAAGUGUGUACUCAA